CGCACACACUCUGCCUCGGCCCUCGACUCACUCGAGCGCUCUCCACUCUCACACGCCCCGAGUUCCGACCACCUCGCUCCGCGGCCGCGGCCGCGCCCCAAACCCCGCAAAACCCUAACCGGCCAGCCCCACGCCGGCCACCGCCACCGCCAUGCCGACCGCUCCCCACCGCCUCGCCGCCUUCCUCCCGCUCCUGCUCCUCCUGGCCUCCGCGCCCCGCCCCGCGGCCCCCGCCUCCACCGACCGCGCGGCGCUCCUCGCCUUCCGCGCCGCCCUCGCGCCGCCCUCCCGCGCCGUGCUCACCUCCUGGCGCGGCCCGCUCUCGCCGUCCUGGCGCGGCGUCUCGCUCCACCCGGACGCCGCGCCCGCGCCCGGGCCCGCCGCCGCCCCCUCCGUCGCCGAGCUCGUGCUCCGGGGGCUCAACCUCACCGGCGCGCUCCCGGCGGCGCCGCUCGCGCUCCUCCGCCGCCUCCGCGCGCUCGACCUCUCCGCCAACGCGCUCUCGGGGGAGCUCCCCUGCUCCCUCCCGCGCUCGCUCGUCUCGCUCGACCUCUCUCGCAACGCGCUCACGGGGGCCGUCCCGACCUGCCUGCCGUCCUCGCUCCCCGCGCUGCGCGCCCUCAACCUCUCCGCCAACUUCCUCCGCCUCCCGCUCUCCCCGCGGCUCUCCUUCCCCGCGCGCCUCGCCGCCCUCGACCUCUCCCGCAACGCCAUCUCCGGCGCCGUCCCGCCGCGGAUCGUCGCCGACCCCGACGCAUCCGCCCUCCUCCUCCUCGACCUCUCCCACAACCGCUUCUCCGGCAAGAUUCCCGCCGGGAUCACUACCAUACGGAGCUUGCAGGGGCUGUUUCUCUCGGACAACCAGCUGUCCGGGGAGAUUCCUCCCGGAAUUGGGAAUCUGACCUACUUGCAGGUGCUGGAUUUGUCGAAUAACCGGUUGUCAGGUGCGGUGCCUGCCGGGCUUGCAGGCUGCUUCCAGCUUCUGUACCUGCGGCUUGGGGGGAACCGGCUCUCUGGAGCGCUGCGGCCGGAGCUCGACGCGCUUGAUAGUCUCAAGGUUCUGGAUUUGUCGAACAACAAGAUAUCUGGGGAGAUUCCACUGCCGCUGGCUGGGUGCAGAUCUUUGGAGGUAGUGGACCUGUCGGGAAAUCAGAUCAGUGGGGAGCUCAGCAGUGCUGUGGAGAAAUGGUUGAGCUUGAGGUUCUUGUCGCUGGCUCGUAACCAGCUUUCUGGCCAGCUACCUGAUUGGAUGUUCUCGUUUCCCCUGCUCCAGUGGCUUGAUCUGUCUGGCAAUAAGUUUGUGGGUUUCAUCCCAGAUGGUGGGUUCAAUGUUAGUGCUGUGCUUAACGGUGGAGGUGGUCAGGGGAUUCCAUCGAAUGGCGUUCUUCCACCUCAAUUGUUUGUGUCAGCAUCAGUGGACACAAUGUCGUGGCAGUUGGGUCUGGAGUAUGAUCUUCAGGCAACUACUGGGAUAGAUCUGUCAAGGAAUGAGCUCCGUGGGGAGAUACCAGAAGGGUUGGUUGCCAUGAAGGGACUGGAGUAUUUGAACCUCUCUUGUAAUUACUUGGCUGGGCAGAUCCCUGCAGGGCUUGGGGAAAUGGGGAGGUUGCGUACGCUUGACUUCUCACAUAAUGGGCUGUCAGGUGAGGUGCCUCCUGGCAUUGCAGCCAUGGCGGAGCUUGAGGUGCUUAACCUCUCCUACAAUAGCCUGUCUGGGCCUUUGCCAACAUCGAAGUUUCCAGGAGCAUUGGCUGGAAACCCAGGAAUAUGCACCGGUGAAGGGUGCCCUGAGGAUGCAAGGAUGCCGGAAGGGAAAAUGGAAGGAAACAAUCAUCGUGGUUGGCUUGGUGGCUGGCAUGGAGAGAAUGGAUGGGUUUCUCUUGGUGCAUUCUGUAUCAGCACGAUGACUAGCUUCUAUGUAUCUGUGGCAACCUUGCUAUGUUCCCCUAAGGCAAGGAACUUGGUGUUUCAGCCUGUCCGGGUUGAGUAUUAACAAUAGAGGGAAAAUUCCAAAAUUAGGAUGUACUGUAAAUAAGAUCUCUGUGGAGUUCGAGUGACUGUAGUGUGCAGUUGAUCACCAAGAAAGAUGAUACGGAUAUCUUCGGCUAAGGGGUGAUGUCUGAUUGCUUUCUAAUAUUGUUGCUCCAGAGAUUUGUAGAUCAGGUUCCAAUGUAUUCGCAUCUGUUGUAGAAUGCUAUCAUGUGCUGGUGGUAUACCUGCCAUGUUUGAGAAGAUUGGGCACCAGUUUCUGCUUAAUCAAAUCAUCGAGUCUUUGUACCAAGGAUGCACAUAACUAGGUGUUGCAUUAGCCAGUUAGCCACAAUCAGAGGAGUUGUACUGUGAGCAAGUCCAGAUGUAAAUACGCUUUGUGGAUUUUCAGUUCCAGUCCAGUUCAAAACUGGUCGUGCUUGUAGUGUUCUUGAGCUACUGUUUGAUGUCAUAUCAAUUUUAACUGCAGAUCAUUUGUUGAA